AUGGAAAAGUUAUCAAAUCUAUCUUUAUCUAAUCUAUUACUAUCACAAAUCAUAUCAGGUAUUGAUGAUAAUGUAGAUAUAAUAUGUUUGUUGUUAACUUGUAAAAAGUUGUAUUAUAAUCGUAGUUUGAAAAGAUCGAUUAGUUUCAAUGGAAUAGAAGCUUUCAAUAACAAGGGAGAGACAUCAAAACAGUUUAUAGCAACAGUUAAUCGGUUCAAUCUCAUGUCAUUUCAAGAUAUCUUGGAGAAUAGUAUACCUGACCAUCAGGUAAUAAGUAGAAUGUCUGGAGAACUUGAUGAUGAUAAAUACCCAAAAUGGAUACAAGAUAGGAUCAUUUAUGAAAACAGGGUCGACAAGAUAGGCAUCACAACAGCUAUUGUCGGCUACUCCUUUCUAGACAAUGAUAUUGAGUCAUCACAACAACAACCCCUCUAUGACACGGUACCAUCGAUCAAGACACUAUUCAUCUGCCACUACGAUACUCUGGAUCUUGUAUCUUUUCCACUACCACCACAACUCCAACACCUCUCUGUUGAUACUGAAGGGUUAAAGUUUGGUCCUCACACAUCACUCAAGUCUCUUGUAGUGGGAUACAAAGACGAAACUCAUCUAGACAGGUUGGGACUCACCCAAUUGGUAUCUUUGACGGAUCUUAGCAUCAAGGGUUACAAUACUUUUGGACUUGGACCAGGUCUAUUGCCAAGCACUCUGACUUGUUUAUCUUUAAAGUUGAUAAGUGUACCCCCACGAGAUACAUUCGCUUUGUUGACAUCGCUUGUCAAACUAAAGAUCAGCUUUUCAAUAGAUCAAGUGGAAGAACACCCACAAUUCAUCGAUCUAGAGGAUAUAAGUACUUUAGAGACAUUCAAGUUUUUUGAAAAUGCAGGAAACGACAUCGAGAUUAGUCUACCACCUUCACUCAAGGUUCUUGACUUUUUGUCCUAUUCCACGUUCAUCGCGUCAAGAUGUACCAUGCCACUAUUGGAGAGACUAUACGUUGAUUCUGACCAAUUGAUAAGUAUCUCUGCAAUGUCAUCACCUUUUCUCAAGAAACUGACUAUUCGUUUUUGCCAACAAACCAUUCCAGACAAUGUCAUCCCGUCCACUCUUGAAAAGCUAACAUUGCAUCAAUACAAAAAAGGAUGUCUUGGAAAUGUUGUGUUGCCAUCAUCGCUCAUUCAUCUAUCCAUCAAGGGAUAUUACGAACCUGUCCAACUCCCACAAUCACUCGUCAAACUAAAGCAAGUGGGAGACAACUUGUCUCAGGUACAACUAAAUAGCCAAGAUGCAUAUUCUGUGAUCCCAUCAUCCUGUCCACCUCCAUAUCUUGAAACACUAAACCUUUUACCCACUUGGAAUCUUACUAUCGUUGAGGAUUUACCACCAACUAUUAAAUAUCUAUCAAUAUCAUUAAUCCCUGCAACUGAAUCCUCUUCAAUCUAUUCAAUCGCCUCUAGUUUUAACGAAUCCAUUAUCACCCAACAACACCAAUGGUUAUCAACCAAUACUACACAUCUAACUUGCAGACUUUCCAUGCCGAAUCAAAUUGACUUAAAGAAAGCGAUUUUUAGAUUAGAUCAAGUAAUCAAUCACACUAAUGUUAGAUAUUUGUCAAUCAACAUUGGUAAGAUACCAUUUCAAUUUUCAAUUCAAAGAUUGGACCCUGACAAUCUAAAUGUAUUGGUAUUGGAAACAAAGUCACUUCAAGGUGGAAUAAUCACUCAACAUAGAACAAAAUCAGGUGAUCAAACUAAUCAACAACAACAACCUCAUCAUCAAAAAUAUGAGAGUACUGAAGGGUUAAAGUUUGGUCCUCACGCAUCACUCAAGUCUCUUUGUUUAGAAUACGAUGACCCAUCUUGUCUAAUCAAUGACUUGGGACUCGACCAAUUGGUAUCGUUGACGGAUCUAUGCAUCAAGAGUUACAAUGCUUUUGCAUUUGGACCAUGUAACUUGCCAACCAGUCUGACAUCUUUGUCUUUAAACUUGACAGAGGUACCUCUACAAAAUACAUUCCGUGUGUUUACAUCGCUUGUCACGCUAGAGAUCAGCUUUUCAAAGGAGCAAGAGGAAGACCAUAUAUCAUUCAUCGAUCUCGAGGAUAUGUGUACUCUUACGACAUUCAAGUUUAUGGAUAACGCUCGAUUCAUGAAUCACCGCCUCGAGAUUAGUGUCCCUCCUUCACUCAAGGUUCUCCAAUUUAUGACUGAAAUCGCGAGGGUCUCAUCGGAAUUUGGACCCAUUCCAGCCAAUGUCACCCCACCCAGUCUUGAAAAGUUAAAAAUAUAUAGAUACGUCAAAGAAUAUAUUCUUGACCAAGUAUUACCAUCGUCGCUCAUACAUCUAACGAUUGUUGGAGUAUAUACCCCAACCAUUAAAUAUCUAUCAAUAUCUUUAGUCCCUGAUAGAGGCGUAUCGAAAUUUCAUCCAAUCUAUUCAAUCAGCUCAAAGUUAAACAAACCUAUCAUCUCCCAACCACAACAACUACCACCCAACAUUACACAUCUAACUUGCAGAUAUUGGGCACAAUUUUACACUACGGUGGCAUUUAGAUUAGAUGAAGUAAUCAAUCACACCAAUGUUAGAUAUUUAGAUAUCAUCUUUUCCAAUCUACAGCAUGAUCAAUUUUCAAUUCAAAGAUUAGACCCGGACAACAACAAUGUAUUGGUAUUGGAAACAAAGUCACUUCAAGGUGGAAUAAUCAAUCAAAAAAAGACAACUAGCUAUCAACAACAAUAUGACCCCAUUUAUUUAUAUUUUGAUAUUUUACAAAUUAAAUAA